AAUAAUUGCGCUCACCGAAGCUUCAUUCAACAAAAAAUCACAAGCCGAAUUCCUAAAAUCCUCUCCUUCUUCUCGUUUUUCCACCGCAUUUUCCAUGGAUUUCCCUAAGGUUUCCGCUGGAAAUUAUGUGAUUCCAUCUCUUCUCUUCGCCGGAAUUCUCUUAUUUUGCAUUACUGCUUCCUCUGUUUUGAAUCCUUUCCCUUUUAUCUCCAACGGACGCCAAUGCAGCCGCCCGAAGAAUAGCACCAGCGAUUAUGAUUCUGUUAAACCACGAGACGAGCUUGAAUUGGCUCUAGCCAAAGCGUCAAUGGCGAACAAGACGGUGAUAAUCGCCGUCGUAAACAAGGCGUACGCCAAUCAAGAAACCGGGGCGGUUACGACUAUGCUGGACGUGUUUCUUGAUAGUUUCUGGCUUGGAGAAGGCACACGGCCUUUGGUGAAACACAUCCUUCUCGUCACCGUGGAUCAAACGGCUUACGACCGGUGCCAGUUCCUUCAUCUGAACUGCUUCCGGCUGGUAACAGAUGGCGUGGAUUUCGGCGGCGAGAAGCUUUACAUGUCGGAGGAUUUCAUCAAGAUGAUGUGGAGAAGGACUGAGUUUCUCUUGGAAGUCCUCAAACGGGGAUACAACUUCAUCUUCACGGACACAGACGUAAUGUGGCUUCGAAACCCCUUCACCAAGCUGAGCCCCAACAAAACAGAGGAUCUCCAAAUCAGCACCGACGGUUUCUCUGGCAACCCAUUUGGGGAGGAGAAUUUCAUAAACACCGGAUUCUACUUCGUCCGGUCAAACAACAAAACCAUUUCCCUCUUCCAAAACUGGUAUGAUCUCAAAGACAAUUCCACAGGGAAGAAAGAGCAAGAUGUUCUUCUAGAGCUCAUCCAUGGCGGCAUCAUCGGGAAGCUUGGCCUCAGAGUCCGAUUCCUUGACACGCUUUACUUCAGCGGUUUCUGUCAGGAAAGUCGGGAUCCGAGGGAAGUGACGACGGUUCAUGCAAAUUGCUGCCGGAGCAUCGUCGCGAAGGUCGGCGAUCUCCGGGCGGUGCUUUAUGACUGGAAAAAGUUUAGGGAGAUGAGUUCUCAUAAGGGGUUGGCGAAUGCGACGGCGGAGUUUAAGUGGUCGCCGCAUUCCGGGUGUUUGAAUUCGUGGAGUAACUAAUGCAAGUUUUGUUGAAACGUCCAAGAUCCUACCGUCGGUAACCAUUUAGUUUUUUGUUUUUUGGUUUUUUAAAAAUAAAAUUCCUUCUUCUUCUUUUUUUUUUUUUUCUCUUAAAAUCAUGGUUGGCAUAUUUCACUAAUUGUUUUUUAGUCCAGUUUAAAAAACAGAUUAAAAGCUAUAUAAUUUUUUUAAGAAAACCUAUAAAUGUUUUCUCAAUUUUUAAACUUUUGGUUUUAUUUUUUAAAAUAAAAGAUGGAUAGUAAUGCAAGAACUCUAGAGGUCAAACUAAUAUUUGUUAGUUUAAUUUUCAAAAAUAAAACAAAAAAUAAAUUAAUUGCCAAAAAAUAAUCUUUGGUUUUCCUUUUAAAAAAAUUAGUCUAUAAAAAUCACCUACAUAUUCUUUUGUUGUUUUAAUUUCAGAAUUGCUUUUAAAGUUGAGGUUAAAUUAUGAAAUUAAAAAAAAAUGUAGUUUUUAUAUAUAUAUUUUUUUUAAAAUUGGUUAAUAUAAAAAACCAUGAAUAAGAAAAUGUGAUUUAAAAUACCAGAAAAAAGAAAUUGAAAUGAUUACCGACGAUUUUUAUUUAAAGUUUUAGUAGUUAGUGAUUUGGUAGGUUGCAUAUAGAGUUGAGUGGGUGUCUCUUAUUUCUUCUUUUGUAGUCAAGUGUUAGUGGGAGUAUGAGCCAUGAGGGUUUGACCUCCAACCUUGAGAUGUAAUAGAUAUCAAUUUUAACGUUUUCCUCAAUCUGACGAAUAACUGAAGUAAAUAAAAGAUGUUUAUAAGCA